UUAGAAACAAAACAAAAUAAUUGUUUUUCGUUUCACUCAGUAUAGUGGGCACACAUUGAAAAGAAGCAACAAUAAUCAAUAAAAUGCAAAUAUUUAUCAUUUUUCUUGCAUUUUAUUCGGUGUUAGGUGACGACGAGUGCAGAAGACCAAUAGAGUUAAAAACCAAAGAGGAGUACUGUUGGCACGAAGAGGUUGAAGUGGUUGACAGAAUAGUUCAAACAUCAAAAAACGUACUAAAUUUUGCAAAAAAGAAAUUAGGAAUAACUGUAGAUCAGGAUAAUAAUGAGAAACAAAAAUGUGAAUACUACUUGUGCAUUUUACGGCAGUUGCAUAUGUUAAGCGCCAAUGAUUAUCCUGCCUGUGAAGAAAUAAGACAAUGGGCGAAAAAUAAUGUAAUUUACAAUCAAGCUAUUGAUUUCAUACAACGAUUAGAAAUAUGUUAUGAAGAUCUUAAUAACAAAACACUAAGUGAAGUCUACUUCUAUGCGGAUCAAGUAGACAAAGACGAAUCUUUGGAGAAUUCUGAGAGCACAACCGAAAACCCUGCAAAAGAUUCAGAUCCAAAUAAAGCACAAAGUGUUUGCGAAAUUUCAUCAGAAUUUAUAAAAUGUCUAUCACGACAAAAACAGUGUCCAGUCUUCGAGUUUCCUUGAAUUAUUAAAAAGAUAUAAAUGAAAUAAACAUAAAAUAUUGUCAAAUUUAUUCAAAAAUUCUUAAAAAUAUAAUAUAUGGAAAGGAUGUAAUUCCAUAAUACCUUAGUAAGCACUUUGAUGUUUAUUGUGUUUCACAUAUAAAAAAAAUCCUCGUUUAGUAUAAUAUACAUGUCACACAAUGAAGUGCUGUUGGUGGUGUCCACGGUUAUUACUGCAAAAAGAAAAAAAUGGAAUUAGAACCUA